GAAAUCACCAGCACGGGGUUUAUAUAGCGAGUUGUGGUCAUCUUGAUUGGAAGAUAGACACGUACGGACUAUAUCUAACAGACACGUGGGCGAGUUAUUAAUACACCAAAAACAAACCAUUUCAUUCACCGUAUUUAAAAGGAAAGUAUCGUGAGAUGUGUAUGGUUGUUCACUUCUUAGUUGGAAGAUAAUCUGAGCGCUUUUGGUACGGAUCGUGAUGAAACCAAAAGGAUACCAGCCUGUUAGGUUUAUCGAUUUCUGAAUAUACCAACUCUAGUGGCGAUAGUACACCUUUACGGCAACGCUUACGCAUUGUCAUACAGUCCCACGUGCACGCACAUAGUGUAGGCUAGGGGACACAUUCUGGAUUCAGAACCAUAUGCCAUGAUGGCGACACUCGUCCGUUGGAUAUGGGGGAUUGUUGUUGUGGCGUUAACGAUACCACCAGCCUCUACAGUGUCUUAUACCACAACCUGCGUAUGUUUGUCGGAACCUGUGCAAUCCGGAGAUUUCCACAGUCCUGUGGCAUUUAUACAAGACAAUGAGCGAUACCUUGUCGCAGAGCAGAGCGGGAAGGUGCAUUCUUACUCCCUGUCGUGGCGGAAGUACGAGGUUUUAUUCCUGGACAUGAGGGACAAGGUUUCGUUUGAUCCAAACACACAGGACGAAAGGGGACUUCUAAAUCUAGCACUACAUCCACAAUUCAGUGAUAAUAGGAAACUAUACACAUUCUCCGUUCGUACUCUACAAGAUGGACACGAUUACGUCAUUGUGUCCGAGCUGCAGGAAAAGAACGGAUAUGUUGACACAAAGAAAGAGAAAAUAUUGUUGACUAUUCAACAGACAUCUCCAUACAGGAACGGUGGAGCGCUUCUGUUUGGUCCUGACGGGUACCUGUACGUAGGCGUUGGUGACGGAGGGACCCAAGGGAACUCGGGGAACGAGCAGCUUGCCACACAGGCCCAAGAUAAACACAACCUGCUUGGUAAGAUUCUGCGGAUAAAUGUGAACACUCUGAACUACACAGUUCCAAGCGACAAUCCGUUUGUCAAUGGUAACAAAGGUCAACCAGAGAUCUUUGCUUACGGAUUCCGGAACACAUUCAGAUGCAGUUUUGAUAAAUACAGCAACGAGCUGUUCUGUGGUGACAACGGAAACCAUCACCAGAACGAGGUAGACGUCAUACGUAAAGGAAGAAACUACGGAUGGAACAUCAAAGAAGGGGAUAUCUGUUUAGCGCCAGGCCAGUGUGAACAACUAGCUGAUGAAGAGAAACCGAUAUUUACGUAUAAUAACUCCAACCAAUACAGUGCUGUGAUUGGAGGCUACGUAUAUAGAGGGAAGGCGUUCAGAUUACACUGGUUAGGGGACUACAUAUUUGGGGACUUUUCAGGAGGUCUUCUGCGUUUGGUGAGACACAAUGACAAAUGGCAAUCUCAAACAGUCCAGUUGUGCCCUAUUAGCUCUUGCCCGUGUGAUGCAAGAGCAAAGUACGGCCAAUAUCUGCAUUCUUUCGGCCAAGACGACAACGGUGAAUUGUAUAUCAUAACAUCGACAUUUAACGAGGGCAAACAGAUGGCUUCUUUACUCAAGCUAGUCCCACCCAGUCCGAGUUAUGUAACAUGCUCCGGAACGAAUAUCCAAUUUUCUGCGGACUUGACUCUCUUUAUCUUCCUGGCUGUCCUUUUUUUGACGACAGCAUUAUUAGACACUUAGAUUGGUUUCGGAAACCUAUAAGAAAGAUAGUUGUUUGAGUGAUACAUACAAUUAUAUAUUGCAAAACAAUGAUGCAUGCAUUGUCAAUAGAAAUCUCAAACUUCAUUAUGUCAAUUAUGGGUGUCUAGCAAUGCAUUGUCAAUGGGGAAUCCGAAGCCUUAUAUUGUAUCGUACAACGAUUUUCGAUGAGUGAUUUCACAACAAACGAUGUCAAUUACAAAUGUGAACGCAAUACCAUAUCAAUAGAAGAAAUCAAGCAAUCUUAUGUCGCUUGAGAAUCUCGAGCAAUACUAUGGCCAUUGGAAACUUGGAAAUAUGACAUUUUACAUUUUCUUUGCAUUCUAUUCUUUAUGCAAAAAAUACGAACGAUGACGUUGGAAUACAAAUAAGAAUACAAAAAUUCUUGUUUAACACAACGAUCAGUUUUGUUGACAUGAAAUAUGUAUUCAGUAUUUGAUGUUAAUACUUUUGUUAUUGUAUAAAGUAUACAUGUUAAAUUUGACUGAAUAAUAAAAAUAACACAACAUCAUAGAGGAUUUUUGCAUUAUUUACUUCUACUCAAAUUAGCUGAAAAAAGUGUAAACGGCGUUCCAACACAUUAAUAAAUCUAUGAACACUAACUAACCUUAUAUAUUGGAGAUAAGGAGAGACAUCACGCAUGUAAUCGUUUUCCCUAGUGACUUCCUGCUAUAAUGAAGGUUUAUUGAUUAUUGGCCGUCUUAUUGUGACGUCACAAUCCAUCACCCCUUGAUGUCAUACGGAUUUUAUGCUCUCAGAAAAAUAUACUUCCAGUGUUUGAUGAGGCAUUGAGUGAAUAGAUUUCCUAUUUUCAACCAUUUAACAAGACCCAGUAUUUUUAAUCUGUUUAG